CGUAACUCAUACAUUUUACACCUUUGGCUUAAUAGGAGAAAGACAUGAAAAUUCUGCAGAGAAAUCUGUUUCUCAGUGGAAGGAACUUAAAUUUCGAUGAACUGCCUCUGACGCACUCAUACAAUUAAUUGACAUUUGAAUAGGAGGCAUAUUCGACUGUCUAUGAGUUGUAACUGAGAUUUUUCGUAAGGGUACAUUUGAAUACCCUCAUUAUUAUCAUUGUCACGAAACCUUUUCUGAGUACAUAAUGAAACUAGAACAAACGAAUGAGGAGUCUUCCAACUCUUUGUUGACAAAGGCUUUUCAUCCGAUCACUGUGAUACACCAAACUAUAAUUGAUAAGCUGUACCCCUAUAGAUGCAUCAGAUGGCUGAUUGCUGUGUUCUUAAUUACAGUGUAUGUGAUUCGAAUAGCUACUGUUCAGGGUUUUCACAUAGUAAGCUACACAUUAGCAAUCUAUCUGCUGAGUCUGUUUAUAUCAUUUAUUUCUCCAAAAGUUGAUCCAGAUCUUGCUGAGUUUUCAGAUGAGAGUCCGACGCUCCCGCGAACUGUAGGUGAAGAAUUCAGACCUUUCAUACCAAGGUUACUUGAGUCCAAAUUCUGGUUAUCUACUGUUCGUGCCAUCACAAUAAGUAUAUUCUGCACAUAUCUUCCCUUCUUGGAUAUUCCCGUAUUUUGGCCAAUACUCGUUAUGUAUUUUAUAAUGUUGUUUGCAGUUAUGAUGAAAAGGCAGAUUAAGCAUAUGAUAAAACACCGGUACGUUCCAUUUACUUAUGGAAAACCAAGACCCGCUGGGUCAAGUAACAAGGAGCAAGCUUCUGCUGUGAUCAAUUCGUGAUAUUAAACUGGAACUAACUCUUUUUUAUCUCUGUGAAUCACAUUACUUUCUAUUUAUUUUCUUGUGGUAUUUGUACAUAGUUGUUCUAAUGCUUUUUGGUAUGUAUUCAAAACUUCUAUGAUAUAUUAUUUUGGUAGGAAAAAAAGUUGGAUGUGUAAUGUGUUACUUUUAGUCUUUUAAUUGUUGGCGGGAUGGUGAUGUCUUUCUCAUAAAAUUUGUUUUUAACAGUGUGAUUUCCUUGCAUCUAAUAUUUCCAGAAUAGUUAAAAUAACAUUCUAGAUACCAUUUGACAUUUGCUUCACUGUAAAGCUUUUGUCGUCGCAAGAUCUUCAGCG